AAAGCGGAUUAGACCGGAAUCUGUGUCGUUCAGUCCAGUGUUUUGAAACCUGCGAAAUGGACAGGUGGAAAACGCGUCGAAAUGAAAAAGUAUUCCUCCUCAUAGCGCGUUUCCUCUGAAUUAUGUCAGUCGACUGCUGAAUAUAUUCAUUUAGAGUUAGCUUAAACUUGAUUGAAGUUGUAAACAAUGGAAGCGCUGUGGACCAACAAAAUCGAAGACCCACUGUCACUGAUGAGCUUCAUAAUUCCUCCAUUGAGGUUACUGUCCGCGGCCAUGUGGCAGGUGACUGAGCGCAGACAGGUGAAGCAUUAUGGGAUGCUGGAGGAGUUUGUGAGCCUAGUAACAGAGACCAUACCAGAGCUUCUAAAUCACCACCAAAGAGCCCAGCUGAUACUUGGCUUAAGAGCGAGGCAUCUUCUGGAGCUCUGUCGAGGUAAACAUCAGGGAAGUCUGAAAGAGAUUCAACCUCACCUGAAGCGAUUAUGCCGUCCUCGGGUCAACAAAGAGUUUGCUGAUAAAGACAUGGAGGAAUCUGAGGCAUGUUUUUUGGACCUCGUCCGGACACUUAUCAGCAACCCCAAAGAGAAAGAGCAUUACUUCCAGAAUGUUUUCCCGGAAGAAUAUGGACCCAAGUUUGACAAAAACCUGCAUGCGCUGAUGGAAGAUUUCCUCCUGAAACUGGAUCGCAUGGUGUCUGUCCCAGAUCUUUCAGAGACAGUCUCUUGGCUCAGGACAUGUCCGUCUCUUUUGGACGAUUGCAUUGAUUCAGUUUCAGUCCCAAAGGAAAUGAAGAGUCUUCUUGAACACCACACAGCUAAAGAAAAUCUUCAAGACAGUGAGUGCAACAACUGUACGUUUUCAUCUCAGUCCCUCCCACCGCUGGUUCGAGUCGUCAUUUCCAGCGAUCACACUGAAUCUGGAGACCCGUCUGAUUUAAAUGGUCAAGACAAAGACGAUGGACACGCUUCUAAAACCUCGUCUGAUGGCUGGACGGUUAAAAAGAUCAUAUUAAAAACUGAGACGGAGGAAAGAGAGCACGAAGAGGACAAUGAUCAAAACUGGCCCAUCACGGGAGCCAAUUCCACAGGAAAGAGGGACGACUAUGAUGACGGCUCUCUUGGGGAAGAGCUGAACCAGACGCAGAGCACAAAGUACUCCAAAAGAUCAUUGAAAAGGAAAAGAGAUGAGAGUGCAGACACGUCCAGAGAAUACACAUUUAUCAAUCAUUUGGGGGCAUACACAGAGGAGUCUGCCUACCAGAGCUCUGAUGCUUCAAAAGUCCCCUGGACCGAGGAAGAAACGUUCGGCCUUAUUGAUAUAUGGGGAAAAGACAGCGUCCAGCGGAGCCUGAAGGACUGCGCUCGCAACCGCCACAUAUUUAACCUCAUCUCUAAGAAGAUGUUUGAGAAAGGCUUCACCAGAACAGCAGAGCAGUGCCACACCAGAAUAAAACGCUUGAAAAUGAGCUUUCGACAGUACCACGAUAGCAUUGUGAGAGGAGAGAAGGCGGAUUGGAAGUUCUACGAUGUUCUGGAGAAAAUUCUCUGCGGUAAAGAUUCUGCAGAACAGGAAGACAAUAAUAAUGACGUCAGUGUUCCAGAGGACUCUUCAGUGCAGCAGGCAGAAGAUGACACUGACUGGGAAGCUCUUAGUCACGCUGGACUCGAUGGCACCAAGAAUAUCUCCUGGACAGACCUGGAGACGCAAACGCUCAUCAGGAUCUGGGGAGAGGACAAAACGCAGCGAGAGCUGAGAGGGGUUCUCCAGAACGGACACAUCUUUGCCAUGAUCUCCAAAAAGAUGUCAACUCACGGCUACAUCCGGACAGCAGAGCAGUGUCAGAGUCGAGUAAAGAGACUGAAGUUGUGCUUUAAACAGGCGCAUGAGAGUAAAAAUACUGAGGGCAAAGAACAAGCAGAGUUUAAAUUCUAUAAACAGAUGGAGAGAAUCAUGGCUAAUGAAGAACCAUGUUCAUCGCAGAUCAAAGAGGAGGAGUCAGCUGAUAUUGAAUACCAGGUGUACAAGUAUCAAGAAAUAGAAACAGCAAUGAACUGUAUGGAUGAUAGAAAGAAGGUGGCCUGGUCUGAUGCCGAAACGCUGAUUCUCCUUCAGUUAUGGGGCGAUGAGCAGGUCCAGCAGAACCUUCAGCGCUGCCCUCACAAUGGCCACAUCUACUCUGACAUAUCAGAGAAGCUGAACACACACGGAUACCUGCGCACCGCUGAGCAAUGCCACACCAGAAUCAAACGACUCAAGAUCAGCUACCGGCAGUGCAGGGACAGCAUCGGUUCACCUGAAGCUGAACGAGUAGAGUUCAAGUUUUAUGAUCUGAUGGAAGAUAUUUUUCAAAGAAAUGCAUCGUCGAAAGCGUCUGGAGAUAAUGAAGAAGACAACGGCAUCAAAUCAGAAUCCCAAGGCAGCAGUGCAGACCAGACAACGUCAUGGUCAGAGUCUGAAACUGUGGCUCUAAUAGACAUUUGGGCAGAUGAUGAGGGGCAGGAAGCCCUGAGGGCAUCCGUUCAUAACAGCCACGUGUUUGCUGAUAUAGCAGAGAAACUGAACAGUCAGGGAUUCUUCAAAACACCAGAGCAGUGCAGAUGGAAGAUCAAGAACCUGAGCAAGAAUUUCCGCCAGUGUUACGAAAGAAAAAAAUGUGGCAAAGAGAUUGUAGAUUGCAAGUACUAUGAUAAACUGGAGCAGGUUCUGGGUGAUGAGGCCUUUUCCAUGGAUGUCUUUGAAGAAAAUGACCAGGAUGCAGAAUACCAGCAGACAGCCAUGGUAGCCGUAUCUGAAUCGGGCAGGAAAAUGACCUGGUCAGACCGGGAGACACAGGCCCUGCUGGAGAUCUGGGGUGAUGACCGUGUGCAGCACAGCCUCAUGUCCUGCCCUAAAAACAGGCACAUCUACAAAUAUAUUUCAAAGAGAAUGAUUGCAUUGGGUUUCAACAGAACAGGUGUGCAGUGCCACUCGCGCAUCAAAAGACUCAAGUCCCAGUUCUACUACGAUGGCAGGGAGGAGUGUAAAUUUUAUGAUCAACUGGAAAAGAUUCUUUUAAAGGACAGAACGUCUGAUGACAAGGAGAUCAGUGAGCUGGAAUCCAUAACUGAUUCGGAUUCAGACUCCCUCGCUCUCUCCAAACCUCUCACCGUGGACGGGCCAAAGCUGGCGUGGGGUGAUAGUGAGACACACACUCUUAUAUCCAUAUGGGGCAGCGAUGGCAUCCAGGAGAGGCUGAAAGGCUGCGUCAAACGUAAACCUGUUUUCCAGCAGAUCGCGUUGAUUAUGGCUGAGAAAGGCUACAGCAGGACUGAUGAACAGUGUCGCUCCAGGAUCAAAAGACUGAAGGCCAGUUACCGCCAACACCUUGAUAAUUACAGGAAUGAAGGUGAGCAGGUGGAGUGGAAGUUCUACAAACAGUUAAAUAAAAUAUUCAAGAAAUACCCUCUAGAUGAUACGGAGACAACAGUUCAGGAGACAAAGGCAGUUUGGAGGAAAAACCCAAGCAGGUCUGCAAAAGCACAGAGCUCAGACUGACGAUGCUGAACUAAUGCAUCUGAAUGACAUCUGGAGACAGAGCAAGACAUUCUUCUGAAUAUCUGAGCCAAUGAGACGGUGUAAACAGAGGGUGUUUUCUAUCAUGUGGACUGUGGAGAAUGGAGUAAGAACACACUCAAUCAACAGACAUACAGAAACGUGCACACUGACCCUGCAUAGCUCUACAUAUUAAGGACAUUUGUCUAAUGGUGCUGUCUCAGAGGGUCACGUGGUUAAAUUUAGAGAUCUACUGAACUAAAGAGGAUAUGCAUGAUGUUACUAUAGAAGUGACUGCCACUACGCCCACUGAGUAGUAAAAAGACUCAGCGGCAGCAUUGGUGUAGUGCAAAAUAAGCAAAGACAUGGUUAAAAUGAGGAAAAGUUGUCGACUAUGAAUUCAACUAGAAUUUGGAGCUAUUAUUUCACAGACUGCUAACCCACUAAGCAAUUUUGUGUUUAAAAGACAUCCAAAAAUAGAUGUCAUGGCUAAAACAAGGAUACACUUAGACUGUCAGUUAAAAUCUAAUAAACAAUAGACCAAAACCAGUACACAGGAAUGGAUGACAACAAGUGAAGUCUGUUUAUUCUGUGUAUUUGAUGACUAGUCUGUUUUUGGACUAUUGUUAGAUGUCUAUUAGAUUCUCACUGACAGCUCAGAUUUAGCCUUGUUUUAGUUAAUACGUCUAUUAUUUAAACAAACAAACAAACAAAAAAGCUUGCUGUGGAAAAAAACACUGAAAUGUGAAGUAAAUAGCUGCCUACUAGUCAUUUUACUGAAUGUUUUGCCAUUCUUUUAGUCUGAACGGCAGCGCAUGUCUAUUAAAGAGAACGUGGUUUUUUUAAUGCAUCCAUAAUUCAAGAUCUCACUGAAGUAACAGGAAUUAAACGAUUUGCGUUUGAAAGCAAUUUCUUUCAUUGGAUUCAAUCAAUCUUUAUCUUCUUGUUUCAGACCUUUUCUGCCAUCCGAGUGCAUAAUCGUUCAUAAAAAUUCCUAUAUUGUAUAUUUGUAUCAUAAAACAAAUCAGGAAACACUGAAGAAAUGCCAUUUGGCAGGAAAGAAUCAGCUUUUAAAGUACGUUUGCUAGAUGUUACAAAUUUUAAUAUAUACAUUAUACAAAUGUUACGUCACUGUUACACAGGAUAAUGCCAAAGCUCAUUGCUCACAUCGUCAUCUCUUUUUAAGAGUAUAUCUAAUGUGUACUGGCAUGAGCCAAUUGUAUAUAACAAUACAAUGCAUUCUCAAUGAUGGAAAAGUGAACAGUAUUAUAGUUGUGCCAGACAAAUAAUGCUUCAAGACAAACAUUAACAAUGGUUUAAAUCCAACACUGCUUUGUUUAGGGAUUUUACUGUGCAAUAAACAGAUUAUUUAUUUCUA